AUGACUGCUCUACUCACACUCGCCCUCGCCGCCCUCGCCACGGCCUCUCCCCUACCCACCUACUCCGACUUCUACAAGCUCCUCGUCCAAGUGCCCUCCCCCUCCCUCGACUUCACGCCCCCCAUCCACAACCGCUACCUCGUCGGCGUGCACAUCGGCGCCGGCAUGGACAUGGUCACGCCCUCGCCCUCCACCUCGCAAUCCUCCACGUUCCACACCAACGGCACCGACGCGGACCUGUGGGCCGCGCGCGGCACCGUCGUCGUCGGCUUCGGCCGUUACGCGCUGGCCUGGCGCACGGUGCGCAGCCCGGACGACGCGAACCUGAACAGCGCGGUGCUGCAGUACGGGCCCGGCACGGAGGGCGUGCGGGUGAUCGAGGAGAGGGGGGACUUGAUGCUGGGCCCGGGACAGUACAUGGUGUGUGAUAGGAGGCUGCCGUACGGGCUGUCGGUGGAGAUGACGACGGGCGCGGUGCCCAAGGAGUGCGUGCCGGUGACGCUGCUGCCGGUUUGCGCGGAGGGGAAGGACGGGAAGGAGGGGGAGGAGGGGGAUCAGACGGUGUACAGGACACGCUGCAAAAAGUUGUAG